AUGGACAAUGACAAUGACAGGAAAAAGCGUAAGGUCUCCGUAGCGCCGCCAGCAAAAGCACUGAGUGUAAAGCGUCAACACGUUGAGAAGAAAUUGGAACAGCAGCAGCGAGUGGGCAACUUUCGGAGUUACUACAGUUAUCGACUGGGUCAGAAGCACCAAGGAGAAUUAGAAGACGAUCCACGUCUUGCUGCACUGGACAAGAGCUGGUUUGACGGCAAACGAGGACUUGAUAUUGGCUGCAACUCGGGGGAGUUUACCAUUACAAUUGCCAAGCGAUUGGCGCCGAGUUACUUGCUGGGGGUGGAUGUAGAUCCACAGCUUAUUUCUCGGGCCAGAGGACACCUGAAGGACAUUUUGAGACAGGAGCAGAUCGAAAAGGCGUUUCGUGAUAUUCCUGCAGCUCAGCCUAUCGACAAGGAAGCUGCAAAUGGAGCAAUUGGGACCGGCGCAAGUGGUAGUGGGGAUGCUACGGCCGACGUUGUGGAAGCAAAACAGGAGGUGACGGAGAAUAAAGAGGUCACGAAGGAUACAGACGGUCACACAAAGCCGAGUGACGACGACAUGUUUGCAGACAGUAUGCCGCUUUCGUUUCGUUUCUGGAAGCCUCCUGCACACGGUCAAGGUACUAUUCCUUCUCGAGCCAUCGGUAAGACUGCAGUUGGCUCGGUCUUUCCUUUGAACGUGAUUUUCAAACGCGAGGACAUUGUCCUGAACACGCAUGCCGGCAAGGACUAUGACUUCGUUACGUGCUUUAGCGUCACGAAAUGGAUCCAUCUUUUCCACGGCGACGAGGGGCUCAAGGGGGUAUUUGCGAAGAUUUACAAGCUACUGGCGCCGGGCGGACGUUUCGUCCUUGAGCCGCAGCCGUGGAAAUCGUACCAUAAGCGGAAAUUCACAUCCGACGUUACGGCCACAAACUACCCAAAAAUCCAGCUACGACCCAAGGACUUUCCAACAUACCUCGUGGACACAGUUGGCUUCCGUAGCUGCGAGCUUCUAGAGGUCUGCCAGACAUCGUCAAAGGGUUUCCGACGCCCAGUCUACGUUGCCCAAAAAUGA